ACCCCCUCUGCCCCACCCAAAGGCACUAUCCAGUCACUGAGCAUAGCCUUGGAGAGCACAGUAGGUCUUUGGUGCAGCCGCUUGGCCGGCUGAUUAGGAACCCAGCCCCCGAUGGUCCUAACAACCCCCUGGGUUUUGCAGGAUCUUUGGGAAGCAAAAUCUUUUAUCUAGGCCUUAUGGCUUGGCCUUCUGGUCCAUUAGUAUCAUCCAUCAGUUCACCUUAUUUCCAUUAAUAACCGCAUCUAGAACCACAUGAAACUUGAAAUGGGUUGAUCUGCUAUCUUGAGGCCCAGCUGGGCGGGUAUGCAAGCCAAGGAGAGGGCUGGGCGCCGGGGGUGACUCUCGGGACCUGAAGCAUACUAGCAGCCCACAAGGUUGGGGUCCUCGCCUGCAAGCCAGCGCGGCUACAGCUCCAGCCCGCACGGAGCCUCCUCGGACAGCGCGGCCGCUUUAAGAGAGGGGCGGGGCCCGGGUACAGGCAAGGCAGGGCCAGCCCACAAGGCUUCUUUUCCUUUUUGAUCCAUUCAAAAAUUACUCAUUGCAAAUUCCCGGACCGCUAGGCAAGGAGAAGGAAGGGGGCGGAGGAGACACGGCUACUGCAGGCUCAGCGCCGGGGGCAGCCGGGGGCCCGAGUGGCUGAGGCUGGUCCCGCAGCGGCUGCUCGCCGGCGCUCUGGCUCCUGUGGCCUCACCAGGAAGCGUCAGAGUCUCGAGUCUGGGGAAGCUCGGAGCGCCGCCUCCGCCGCCGCCGCCGCCUCCCGCUGGCUCUGGGUCCCCGAGCCCCCUCCCCUGGCCCAGCCCGACUCCCUCCUCCUUCCCGGACGAUCCGGCUUGGGCGCCGUCCCUGGUGAUGGCUGGCCGCUGAGCCAUGGCUCAGUACGGCCACCCCAGUCCGCUCGGCAUGGCUGCGAGAGAGGAGCUGUACAGCAAAGUCACCCCCCGGAGGAACCGCCAGCAGCGCCCCGGCACCAUCAAGCAUGGAUCCGCGCUGGACGUGCUCCUCUCCAUGGGGUUCCCCAGAGCCCGCGCACAAAAAGCCUUGGCAUCCACGGGAGGAAGAAGUGUUCAGGCAGCAUGUGACUGGUUGGUUAUUCUCCCACGUCGGUGACCCCUUCCUGGAUGACCCCCUGCCCCGGGAGUACGUGCUCUACCUCCGUCCCACCGGCCCCUUAGCACAGAAGCUGUCGGACUUCUGGCAGCAGUCGAAACAGAUCUGCGGAAAGAACAAGGCACACAACAUCUUCCCCCACAUCACACUCUGCCAGUUCUUUAUGUGCGAGGACAGCAAGGUGGAUGCCCUGGGGGAAGCCCUGCAGACCACUGUCAGUCGCUGGAAAUGUAAGUUCUCGGCCCCGCUGCCCCUGGAGCUCUAUACGUCCUCCAACUUCAUCGGCCUCUUUGUAAAGGAAGACAGUGCGGAGGUCCUCAAGAAGUUUGCUGCUGACUUUGCUGCAGAGGCUGCAUCCAAAACCGAAGUGCAUGUGGAACCUCAUAAGAAGCAGCUGCAUGUGACCUUGGCUUACCACUUCCAGGCCAGCCACCUACCCACCCUAGAGAAACUGGCCCAGAACAUUGACGUCAAGCUAGGGUGUGACUGGGUGGCUACCAUAUUUUCUCGGGAUAUCCGAUUUGCUAACCAUGAGACAUUACAGGUGAUCUACCCCUACACCCCACAAAAUGACGACGAGCUGGAGCUGGCCCCCGGGGACUUCAUAUUCAUGUCUCCAAUGGAGCAGAGCAGCACCAGUGAGGGUUGGAUCUACGGUACAUCCUUAACCACCGGCUGCUCUGGGCUCCUGCCUGAGAAUUACAUUACCAAGGCUGAUGAGUGCAGCACCUGGAUAUUUCAUGGUUCUUACUCAAUCUUAAGCACAUCGUCUUCCAACUCUCUCACAUUUGGGGAUGGAGUAUUGGAGAGGCGGCCGUAUGAGGACCAGGGGCUCGGAGAGACGACUCCUCUUACUAUCAUUUGCCAGCCCAUGCAGCCUCUAAGGGUCAACAGCCAGCCCGGCCCCCAAAAGCGAUGCCUCUUUGUAUGUCGGCAUGGUGAGAGGAUGGACGUUGUGUUUGGGAAGUACUGGCUGUCCCAGUGUUUUGAUGCCAAAGGCCGCUACAUACGCACCAACCUGAACAUGCCUCAUAGUUUACCUCAGCGGAGCGGUGGUUUCCGAGAUUAUGAGAAAGAUGCUCCCAUCACUGUAUUUGGAUGCAUGCAAGCGAGACUGGUGGGUGAAGCCUUAUUAGAGAGCAAUACCAUUAUCGACCACAUCUAUUGCUCCCCUUCCCUUCGCUGCGUUCAGACUGCACACAAUAUCUUGAAAGGUUUACAACAAGAAAAUCACUUGAAGAUCCGUGUAGAGCCUGGCUUAUUUGAGUGGACAAAGUGGGUUGCUGGGAACACGUUACCUGCAUGGAUACCUCCAUCAGAGUUAGCUGCAGCCAACCUGAGUGUUGAUACAACCUACAGACCUCACAUUCCAGUCAGCAAAUUAGUUGUUUCAGAAUCCUAUGAUACUUACAUCAGUAGAAGUUUCCAAGUGACAAAAGAAAUAAUAAGUGAAUGUAAAAGUAAAGGAAAUAACAUCCUGAUUGUGGCCCACGCAUCUUCCCUUGAAGCGUGUACCUGCCAACUUCAGGGCCUGUCACCUCAGAACUCCAAGGACUUUGUACAAAUGGUCCGAAAGAUCCCGUAUCUGGGAUUUUGUUCCUGUGAAGAAUUAGGUGAAACUGGAAUAUGGCAGCUGACAGAUCCACCAAUCCUUCCUCUUACCCAUGGACCAACUGGGGGCUUCAACUGGAGAGAGACCUUGCUUCAAGAAUAAAUCACAGGAGUGAAUAAGAAGAAAAGGCCUUUUGGAGACCUGUCUUUUUGUGUGUUUAAAAACAGUAGAAAGAUCCACACCACAUUCUAAGUGGACAGCUCAGAAUAAUUUAGCAUAUUUCCUUUCACACCUAAAGUUCUUCAGAUGAGACUGUGUAAAUGAAAGACUUGAUUCGGAGGGGAAAAAAAUGUGUUCUCUCUGGACUCUUCCCUAGCUCACAAGGCUUUGGAGAAUUGUUCUCCUAAAUUGGGGCACCUGCUACAGCAGAGAAAGUUUCCUUCCUUCUGGGUAUGCACAGCUAAGGGGCCUCAUUUCUUCCAGAGGGAGCGGCUGACCCGCUCUAAAGGAGGCAGGAGGAAGGAGUGUGCCCAGGCCAGCUGAGGGAGCAUUGAAAGGGCAGUUUGGAAAUGGAAUCUUCUUUUGAUCUCCAUUUUCUAGUUAGGCAGAGCCAAGCUGAGGAAUCCUUUUAAGAUUAUUAGCAAACAUGCCCUGAAGAAAGUUGUUUUUAGUUUACACAUGAAAUCCUACCCUCAUUAGACCCCACACACCAGUGUCGCUGGCUGAAGACACCCGCUUAAGGAUGCUAACAUUUACCCUGGUACUGCCACAUUUUUCUCUAGAGCUGCUGGCCCUUCUUGCUACAGCCCUUCCCCCCUUGCUUCUGUGAAAUGGGGAGACAAAGCACUUUUGCUCUCCAAAGCACUUUUGGAUACUCAGGAGGAAAGAUAAGAUACAUGUGUGAAGUAUUUAAUCAUAGGAGCAAAGAACUUGCAAAAUAGGAAGUGACUUUGGAAUGACACAUGUUGUAGCCUAACGCGCUACUGCUUUUCUAAAUCACCAAUAUUUGCUUGUCUUUGCCCCUAGAUUCUAGACUAUGUUAACUAGUUAAGGAUGUCACAUUUUGAACGGAUGUAUGUUAGAUACAUUACCUGCAGCAAGAAGUUCAUUCUGUGCAAUAUGGAUAUGUUUGCAAACCAUACCAAGGGUCAGGUUGUUGUACAUUUACAGUACAUGUCAACCAUAACAGAACAUUCACAAAUGCAUCAGCUAUACCAGGGAUGUAUAGUAAGUCAGGGAACUAAUUUAAACGACGACAGUCAUGGCUGCACUGCUACUUGUGCUGUCGUCUUGUUUGUUUUUCUAUGAUAAUUUAAAAUAUAUAGGUAGGGAUACUUGAGGAAAUGUGGAGAGCCACAUUCUGUGGUUUCUCAUUAUGCUUACUUCCUGCAUCUAGAGGGAGUUUAUUUAAAAGAAAAAUAAAUGACAAUCAAACCAAAUCAUCAGUUAUCAAUGUCUGUUUAAUUGUGUGACUAUCUGACAGUUGAUGGCCACAGAUGACGGUCUGCUGUGGUAUAGUUGACGCUGUAGAAGAUGUAUGCAAAGUGGAAUGCCAGCCCUUUAAAGAAACAUGAGUUAGUGUAAAAUGAAUCUUUAUAUGUUGUAGUAACACUGACUACAUUUCAAAACUCAGAUGCAUAAAAUGUAUGGUAUAUAAAAACAGAUCUAUGCUUGUAUUUGAAACUAGAACUUGAUAACCCCUAGAAAGAAGAGGAUGUGAACUGAUGCUGGCUAUAUUUGUUAAUCAGUAAAAGGAUUAUAGUUGUUUUGUUUUGUUUUUAGAGACAGGGUCUCACUAUAUUGCUUAGGCUGGCCUUGUACUCCUGGGCUCAAACGAUCCUCCUGCCUCUGCCUCCCAAAGUGCUAGGAAUACAGGUGUGAGCCACCAUGCCUGGCCUAUAGUUGUAUUUUUUUAGGUCACUUAGAAAAAUAUGUCAUGUAUUUCACAUUUUGAGAAACAAGUCAUGGUUUCUUCUGGCAUUGCACAAACGCUGACCUACCUUCUGGGUAUGGAAAUAGACCUGUGGUGACAUGUUAAUUUAAAUGCCGUGGGGGAAUAGUCCCAAUAAAGGUCUUAAAAGUCACGUUA